AUGCCAUCUAAACAGUCUGAAAUAAGGAAACUGAUUUCUAAGAAAAGGUUAGAUAUUGUCUCAAUCAUUGAGACCAAGAUCUCCCCCACUAAUAUUGCUGUUGUCCAUAGUAGAAUUGCAGCUCACUGGCCUUUGAUCCACAAUUACUCCUUCUCCCAGCUUGGCAGAAUCUGGGUUAUGUGGAACCCUAACACCAUUAAUCUCAAUGUCAUUAGCACUACUAGGCAGUCUAUACAUUGUUAUAUCACUAUCAUUGGGCAGAAUAUCACUUUUUAUACCUCAUUUGUCUAUGCUUCUAAUUAUGCUGUGGAAAGACUCUCCCUUUGGAAUGAUAUCAUAAGCCAUUCCACACUUGUUUGCAAUAACCCUUGGAUUUUGAUGGGAGAUUUUAACAUCAUCUCUAAAUCUGGUGAGAAAAAUGGUGGUUCCACUAGAGAAUGUCCAGCAAUCAAUGAUUUAUGUGAAUGUCUCCAACAAGCUGAGCUUGAGGAUCUCAGAUUCAGUGGGAUUCUCUUCACAUGGAACAAUAGGAGCUUGGGUAAUGCUUGCAUUGCAAAAAAACUUGAUAGAGCCCUCAUCAAUUAUCACUGGAAUGCUAUACUUCCUAGCUCUGAAUGCACAUUCCUUCCCCCUAGAGUGUCUGACCACAGCCCCAUACUAACUCUCCCAAAAAGUGUUUACCUUUCAGGUUCUUCAAUGCAUGGUGUACUCAUCCCCAAUUUCUUCCCUCUGUCCAAUGCACCUGGAGCCAUUAUAUUGCAGGUAGUAAAAUGGGAACUUGACAAAUGCCAACUUGACCUUGAUCAUAAUCCCAAUGACAUUCAUCUCAGAUCACUGAACCUCUCUCUCACAAAGGAGUGCAUGAAGCUUGCAGGAGUACAGGAAAACAAGUUUAGGCAGAAAUCCAGAAUGGUUUGGCUCAAACUUGACAGUAACUUAUCUUACUUCCACAAGUUUAUUGUCUCUAGAGCCAACAAGGAAAAGAUUCUCAACCUGUCCAAUGCUGAUGGUGUUCAAAUAAAUGAUACAGAGGCUAUUAAAGAGGAGAUUUUAUCACAUUUUCAGAUUUUAUUUAGCACAGCUCCACCUAUCACCUAUUCCCAGACUAAACUCUCAAUAUUUAUCACCAAGGCUGUCCCUAUCCAUUUUCACAACAUUUUGGACUCAAUCCCAUCAUACUAUGAAAUUCAAAAUUGCAUGAUGUUACUGAACAAGGACAAAACCCCUGGGCCAGAUGGCUAUAAUGCUAUGUUUUUCCAUAAAACAUGGCCCAUUGUAGGUAGAUCAACAAUUAAAGCUAUUUCUGUAUUCUUCAGAUGUAGAAAACUCCUAAGUGAAGCAAACUGCACCUACAUCUCCCUUGUCCCAAAAUGCCAAAACCCUUCAUACCUCAAUGAUUACAGACCCAUUUCCUGCUGUAAUACCAUCUACAAGUGUAUUGCAAAGCUCCUUACAAAGAAAUUACAGCUUGUUCUCCCCCACAUCAUUGAUCAAACCCAAACAGCCUUUGUCAAAGGCAGGAAAAUCAUUAAUUCAGUCUUGCUCACUUAUGAAUUACUUAGAGGUUACCACAGGGAUUGCCCUCCUCCAAGGUAUGCCAUCAAGAUUGACCUUAGAAAGGACUUUAAUUCAGUCACUUGGGACUUUACCAUCAACUGUCUCUCCCUCCUCAAGUUCCCAAGUAACUUUAUCAAGUUCAUUCAUGCCUGUAUCUCUUCCCCUUCUUUUACAGUGGCCAUUAAUGAUGGCCUUUUUCUCUUCUGCCAUGGUGACAUAACCUCAGUUUCCAUUCUUAAAUCUGCAAUGGACUAUUUUUGUACUAUGUCUGGUCUAUCUAUCAACUUCAACAAAAGCACUGUUUUCUUAUCUGGAGUGGAUCCUUCCACUGAAUCUGCAAUCACAGAUUUGCUAUGA